AUGGCUACUCUUCUACGUAAGUUGAAUUUGUGUACUUCAACCAAGGUAAGAAUUUUGGUAGAUGAAGUGAGAAACAAGGUUUUAUUUCUCCAAGCAGGGAAAGACUUUGUUGAUGUGUUACUAAGUUUCUUAACAUUGCCAUUAGGCACCAUUGCAAGGCUUGUGAGCCAAGAAUCCAACAUGGAGAAUGUUAAUGUUGGAAGCAUAAACUUUUUAUAUGAAAGUGUGGCCAAUCUUGACAAAGGGAAUUUCUUAUCGGCUUUGGAAAAAGAGCUAUUGGUUCGACCUAUUAACUCAAUGGAGCAGUAUUGCCGGUUUCUAAAACUCAAUGUCGACGACACGGAAAAGUCGAGGUCUUUUAAAUGUCGUCAUAGACACUGUGAGGGUGUACCGGGGAGUCGAAACUGCAGCUGCUUCAUAGAUAGGAGAGAUGAGUUAUGCAGCGUGAUUUCAACUCCAAAAAAAGGUUUUGUUCCUAAAACAGCAACUUUUAUUGUUUCAGAUGAUUUGAGUGUGAAGCCUGAUAACUCUCAAGGUCCGAUUUCUAUAGCUAAGUAUCUUGGAUGUGAAGAUGUAGAUACCAUCAAGAUAUUAACCAUCAACGUCACUCGAAAAGAGAUAAUUGAUCUGGUGAAGUGCUCCUUGGUGUCUGCAACACCUUUGACAGACGUAUUCGUGUCGAAGAAGCUGUUUUGUGAGAAUCCAAGACCCGUCAAUGUAUUGGAUUUAGAUGUUUGUAGAAAUGGGGCACUACUUGUAAGGAGGAAAAUAAAAGUAAAGGCAAUGGUAAGAAAAUCCAAUAGCAAAAUAUUGUAUGCUUUGGGGGAAGAGGAUUUUGCAGACUUGUUAAUGUUGUUUUUGACAUUCCCUUUGGGUGGAGUUGAGAACAUGUUAAAUGGAAACUCUGGUUUUGACAACAUAGAUAAUUUAUUCAAGAGUAUGCUUGAUUUGGAUCCUGCAAGGUAUAUGAAAUCCAGACAAGAUAUGGUGUCUAAGCAACUCAAAACUAACUUUGAUGGAAAAAAAUUUAUGAAGAGUCCUUCAAUGUAUAUGGUAACAGAUGAUUUAGUCGUCAAGCCAGGUUCUUCAACCUCUGCUAUUUCGUUUCUCACCAAUAUGAAAAUUCCUCUCUCUGAUUUAGAAGAAAGACUUAUUAGAAUUGGCAAUAAAGAGGCUCAUAGUCUUCUGAAAGCUUCUUUGAUCUCACCAACAGCUCUCACUCAUGGUCUUGGUCCAUUUCUUGCGACCAAAUAA